CUAUUUUUUUUUCCUCGAAUACGUAAAUAGUUUACGCCAGCAUAACCACGAUACAAAUAUUUGAGCACAUAAACAGCAUGCUUCUGAUCAAUGCUCUAUAGAUAGGCUACAAGAAUUAGCUCUACAGAUAGCAUAACAAACAUAUUCCUUUCAAACUGAGCCAAAAUUUUGACCUGUCUAAAACAACGUGCAACCGCCACUAGCCAAUGACACCAGCGACUCUUGAGUCUCUGAAGCUUCCAAGCAACCAUCACCCAGCAGAAAACGAGCCAAUAAUUAACGGGACAAUGCAAAAGGCUGGGCGUCACCGUCCCAAGUCACGUUCCCACUGACCAGUACAUAUAAGUGUGUCCCCGCGCACGCUCCAGGGUUCACAGUUCACACCACGCGGUCCGCGAUGGCAGGCCACCACCGCGCCCGCCGAGUAAACGGCACGCGCGCGCCCCCGCGCCGGCCGUCGGCGGAAAAAAUCACGCGGAGCCGGAGCCACCCCGAAAAGCCACGCACGUCGCCAACAACCGUUCUACGCGUCCAGCCCCUGCUGUGCGCCUGCGUCUGGCUCGCCCUGCUGCUGGCGUGCCUCCCGCGCCAGGCCGCGGCGCAGGACGCCGAGGCGCGGCUGCUGCUGCAGAUCAAGAGCGCGUGGGGCGACCCGGCGCCGCUCGCGUCGUGGAGCAACGCGACCGCGGCGGCGCCGCUCGCGCAGUGCAGCUGGGCCUACGUGCUCUGCGACGGGGCCGGGCGGGUCAGCUCGCUCAACCUCACCAACGUCACGCUGGCCGGCCGCACCAUCCCCGACGCCAUCGGCGGGCUCACGGCCCUCACGGUGCUCGACCUGUCCAACACCAGCGUCGGCGGCGGCUUCCCUGCGUCCCUCUACAACUGCGCCGCCAUCGCGCGCCUCGACCUCUCCCACAACCAGCUCGCCGGGGACCUCCCGGCCGACAUCGACCGGCUCGGCGCCAACCUGACCUACCUCGCCCUGGACCACAACAACUUCACCGGCGCGAUACCGGCGGCGGUGUCCAGGCUCACCAACCUCACGUACCUCGCUCUCGGCGGAAGCCAGCUCACCGGCACCAUCCCGCCGGAGCUCGGCCAGCUGGUUAACCUUCGGACGCUCAAGCUCGAGAGGACUCCCUUCAGUGCCGGCACGCUGCCGGAGUCGUUCAAGAACUUGACCAAGCUAACGACCGUCUGGCUGGCCAAGUGCAACCUCACCGGCGAGAUCCCGAGCUAUGUCGCGGAGCUGGCGGAGAUGGAGUGGCUCGACCUGUCCAUGAAUGGACUCACCGGAAACAUACCGUCCGGGAUAUGGAACCUCCAGAAGCUGACGAAUCUGUACCUGUACACCAACAACCUCUCCGGCGACAUCGUCAUCAACAACGGGACGAUAGGAGCGGCAGGUUUGGUAGAGGUUGACCUGUCCGAGAACAUGCUGACUGGGACCAUCCCAGGAAGCUUCGGAAGCUUGACGAAGCUAAGGCUCCUCAUUUUGCACGACAACAAUCUCGUCGGCGAGAUACCGGCAAGCAUAGCCCAGCUACCGUCCUUGGUAUACUUGUGGCUGUGGAGCAACAGCCUCAGCGGAGAGCUCCCGCCGGGGCUCGGAAAGGAGACGCCGGUGCUGAGAGAUAUCCAGAUCGACGACAACAACUUUUCCGGGCCAAUACCGGCGGGGAUCUGUGAGCACAACCAGCUGUGGGUGCUCACCGCCCCCGGUAACCGCUUGAACGGCUCAAUACCGACCGGUCUUGCCAACUGCUCGAGUCUCAUAUGGUUGUUCCUCGGAGGUAACCAGCUGUCCGGCGAGGUGCCGGCCGCUCUAUGGACGGUGCCGAAGCUUCUGACCGUGUCGUUGGAGAACAAUGGACGGUUGGGCGGGAGCCUGCCGGAGAAGCUGUACUGGAACCUGUCGAGGCUUAGCAUCGACAACAACCAGUUCACCGGACCGAUUCCUGCAUCGGCUACUAAUCUCAAGCGGUUCCACGCCAGCAACAACUUGUUCUCCGGCGACAUACCACCGGGGUUCACCGCUGCGAUGCCCCUUCUGCAGGAGCUGGACCUGUCGGCGAACCAGCUGUCUGGGGCAAUCCCACAGAGCAUUGCGUCGCUCAGUGGCAUGUCGCAGAUGAACUUAAGCCAUAACCAGCUCACCGGCGGCAUACCGGCGGGGUUAGGCUCGAUGCCGGAGCUCACCCUGCUGGACCUUUCGUCAAACCAGCUUUCCGGCGCCAUACCGCCGGCGCUGGGAACGCUGAGGGUCAACCAGCUUAAUCUGUCCUCCAACCAGCUCACCGGCGAGGUUCCCGAUGCGCUCGCCCGUACCUACGACCAAAGCUUCAUGGGCAAUCCAGGCCUCUGCACCGCCCCGCCGGUGUCGGGCAUGCGCUCGUGCGCGGCCCCGUCAACCGACCAUGUCUCGCCGCGUCUCCGUGCGGGCCUCCUCGCCGCGGGCGCCGCGCUCGUCGUCCUCAUCGCGGCGCUCGCCGUCUUCGUCGUCCGCGACAUCAGGAGGCGGAAGCGGCGGCUCGCGCUGGCUGAGGAGCCCUGGAAGCUCACCGCUUUCCAGCCCGUGGACUUCGGCGAGGCCUCCGUGCUGCGCGGGCUCGCCGACGAGAACCUCAUCGGCAAGGGCGGCUCGGGGCGCGUGUACCGCGUCACGUACACCAGCCGGAGCAGCGGCGAAGCGGCGGGCACCGUGGCCGUGAAGCGCAUCUGGGCCGGCGGGAGUCUGGACAAGAAGCUGGAGCGCGAGUUCGCGUCGGAGGUGGACAUCCUCGGCCACAUCCGGCACAGCAACAUCGUGAAGCUCCUCUGCUGCCUCUCCCGCGCGGAGACCAAGCUACUCGUCUACGAGUUCAUGGGCAACGGCAGCCUGGACCAGUGGCUGCACGGCCACAGCAGGCUGGCCGGGACCGGGACUGCCAUGGUCAGGGCCCCGUCGGUCCGGCGUGAGCCGCUGGACUGGCCGACGAGGGUCAAGGUGGCCGUCGGCGCCGCGCGCGGGCUGUACUACAUGCAUCAUGAGUGCUCGCCGCCCAUCGUGCACCGCGACGUCAAGUCCAGCAACAUCUUGCUCGACUCGGAGCUCAAUGCCAAGGUCGCCGAUUUCGGGCUCGCCCGGAUGUUGGUCCAGGCCGGCACGACCGACACGAUGACCGCCGUCGCCGGAUCGUUCGGCUACAUGGCUCCCGAGUCCGUGUACACGAGGAAGGUGAACGAGAAGGUCGACGUGUACAGCUUCGGGGUCGUUCUCUUGGAGCUGACCACCGGUAGAUUAGCCAACGACGGCGGUGAGCACGGCUCCCUGGCCGACUGGGCGUGGCGGCACCUGCAGUCCGGUAAAAGCAUCGCCGAGGCCGCAGACAAGUCCAUCGCGGACGCCGGUUACGGUGACCAAGUCGAGGCCGUCUUCAAGCUCGGCAUUAUAUGCACCGGUCGCCAGCCGUCCUCGCGGCCGACGAUGAAGGGUGUGCUUCAGAUACUGCAGCGGUGCGAGCAGGCGCACCAGAGGACCUUCGACGAGAAGGUCGCCGACUACGACGCCGCUCCGCUGCUGCAGGUGCAUGGAGGUAGCCGCCGGAAACAACUCUCCGAUGCCGAAGUGAUCGACGACGAUGGGAAGGGCGGUUUCGACUGCAAUGUCUGAAGAAAAGCAGAAUGAGCAAUGGCUAUGGGAACCCUGACCACCUGAGGCCAGAACCUAGCAUAUAGGACGCCAUGUGCUUGUGCACGCUCUUUGCCAGAGCAAAGGAUAGUCAUCACAGCUCAUUACAACAACACUGAUGGACAGUGCCACCCCGUAAUAUAGGUUUUUAUGUACUGUAACAGCGAAACUAUAAAACUAAAUCCAAUCAUAUAUUUGACGAAGCAGUGAAGAGAACACAUGGUCAAA